CAUUUGGCUCGUAAACUAAACUACUGGUCCGUACUUGGCAUCCCUAGCCCUAAACCUAUCCCGAUAUUCGGUAAUUUUCUACAGUUUUUCACAACCCCUCAACCCAUACAAGAGAUUAAUUGGUUAUCAAGAUAUGGAAAACUUUAUGGAUACUACCUUUUAAAUAACCCCGUAUUAACAAUAGCCGAUCCUGUGCUCAUAAAACAGAUAUUAGUCAAGGAUUUCCACGUAUUCACGGACUGGCGACUGAAACCCAUGAGUGGUCGGCACCCUAUUAGUCAAAAAUUUCUAUCGGACACGAGUGGCGAUGACUGGCGGCGUAUACGUACAAUAGUGUCGCCCACAUUCACUACUGGAAAGAUACGUAAAACGUACGCUACGAUUGCGCACUGUUUGCGUGAUUAUGCGCAACAUUUGGACAACACCUGCGCCGUUAACAAUGCGCAGCUCGACGUACUAACCUCUAUGGGCACCUACGCUAUGGACUUAAUAGCCAGGGUGACUCUUGACAUAGAUAUUGAUGCAUAUAAUGCUUAUAAUAGUCAGCGUGUCAGUCCGUUUGUUACCAUGGCAAAUAAAGUGGUAGAGUCAGGGUUGGUUAAAAAUUUGUCCAGGCUAAUAUUGCCGAAAUGGAUAUUGUGGGGAACGGGCGAUCAGAGUGCGCGAGAUUUUUUCGUAAACACGGUUCGGGAGGUUAUGGCUAAACGGCGCCAAACGGACGAUGAAAGGCAUGAUUUUAUGAAACUGCUUAUGGAUGCGGAACUACCUACUGAUAGAGCUGACAGCGCCGACACUACUAAUUGUAAAUAUGAUGACCAAGAAGCAGAUGAAUUGGAACUGGAUGUUCACACCAAUGUUUCGCCUACCGGUCCCCUUAAUAAAAAACUAACCGAAAACGAGGUGCUCGCACAGGCGGUCAUGUUUCUGGUGGCCGGGUAUCACUCCACGGCGUCUAACCUAACAUUUCUGACAUACGAAUUAGCUCUUAACCCGUCCGCUCAACAGCGCCUAUACCUCGAGCUCAUGGAUGCCACCGAUCCGGACACCGGAGACAUUCCUUACGAU